AUGACUUAUUCAACUAAAUUAUUUAUUGUUUUACAAGGAAUUUUAUUUUUAUCACUAAAUAUUCUUUUACAAUUUCCAUAUGUCAAUACGAAUGAAGUUGAACUUCGAAAAUUUUUAUUUCUUGAAAGACCAUAUGAUCGACGAGUUUGUCCAGUCGUAGGCAUCAAUAAAGUUCAUACAAAUUUAAUUUUACUUCAAAUUGAAAGUGUUGAUGAAAAAGCACAGGUAGUAACAAGUAAUGUUCAACUGAUAUGCGCUUGGUGUGAUCCAUACAUGUCAUGGAAUGAUAGUGACUAUAAUAUAACAGAACUUUCUGUCGGUUCAAAUUAUUUAUGGACACCAGAUGUUGUUUUAGUCAAUUCAGCCGAUGGAAAAUAUUCACGAAAUAGAGAACAUUAUGCAUUGAUUCUUCGAAACGACGGAUAUGUUCGAUUUAUGUUUCAAGAUUUAUGGAAAACAAUUUGUAAAGUUCGUGCUACUUAUUUUCCAUUUGAUUAUCAACAUUGUACAAUAAUAAUACGUAGUGGUUCACGUGAUGGUCAAUCAAUAAAAUUUAUUCAACGACGUCCUAUUGUAGGUCGUUCAUUUAUUCGUGGUGAAUGGGAAUUAAUUAAUUCUUAUACAGAAAUAACUGAUGAACGUGUAUCUGAUUUUGGUCAAGUUGAUUAUAGUCUUGUACGUUUUACAUUAAUAUUAAAACGUAAUUAUGUACAUUAUUUUAUGAAAAUUAUUUUACCAUUUACACUUGUUUCAUUUGUAACAUUAUUUACAUUUUUAUUACCACCACAAACAGGUGAAAAAUUAACAUUAAAUGUAACUAUAUUAUUAUCAUUAGUUAUUUAUUUACAAUUACUUAGUGGAUAUAUACCAAAAUCGGAUGAUGAAACACCUAUAUUAACAUUAUUUUGUAAUGCAAAUUUUUUUCUAGUUAUUUUAUCAUGUAUUAUGACUGUUUAUGUUUCAUAUUUAUAUCAUCGGCCAACAACAUCAAAUAUAGCAUGUGUACCAACACAUAUGAAAAUAAUUUUACUUGAUUAUUUAAGUCCAUUAGUUUAUUGUAAUGUAAAUAAACAUUUAAAAAAUCGUAAAGUAUUAAAAUAUAAUAUUCAAGAAAAAAGAUCAAGACGAUUAAGUAGUAUUGAAAAACGUAUGUGUCAAUUGUUCACUGUAACAACACCAGUUCAAUCAUCUAAUCAUCAGGCUGUUGAAUUACUUAAAGUUUUACAUCAAGUAAAAACUCAUAUACGUACACAAUGGUUAUUACCAUUAAAUUUUCACAAUGAAUAUGACGUUGGUAAUGAAUUCUUAAAACUUGAAUAUCGACAACGUUUAGAUGAAUGGCAACAUGUUGCAUUAGUACUUGAUCGUCUUUUCUUUAUAUUAUUUAUUAUAGCUAUGCCGUGUACGGCUUUAUUAUUUAUAUUUCCAUAUUCAUCUAUUGGAAAUAAUUUUCGUUCAAAUUUAACAAAUAUUACAAGUCAAAUGGCUGAUGCAAAAUGUGAUUCAAUUUAA